CAAGCCCGGUCUCCGGGUAAGAUGGCAGCGGACGGAGAGUGCUCGCUCCCUGCUUCAUGGCGGCCCGUCUCCCUGACUCACGUCGAAUACCCCGCAGGCGACCUCUCCGGCCAGCUCCUCGCCUACCUGAGCCUCAGCCCCGUCUUCGUCAUCGUCGGCUUUGUGACGCUCAUCAUAUUCAAGAGGGAGCUUCACACGAUUUCUUUCCUGGGAGGACUGGCAUUGAACGAGGGAGUCAACUGGCUAAUAAAGAACAUCAUCCGGGAUCCCCGGCCCUGUGGAGGGGCCCACUUGACGGUGACCACCAAAUACGGGAUGCCCUCCAGCCAUGCCCAGUUCAUGUGGUUCUUCUCAGUGUACUCCUUCCUGUUCCUCUAUUUAAGAAUGCACCAAACGAACAACGCCAGGUUCCUAGACCUGUUGUGGAGACACGUGCUUUCCCUGUGCCUCGUGACCGUAGCCCUUCUUGUCUCUUACAGUAGGGUGUAUCUGCUCUACCACACCUGGAGCCAGGUGCUAUACGGAGGAAUCGCAGGAAGCGUCAUGGCUGUCGCCUGGUUUGCCUUCACCCAAGAGAUCCUCACACCACUGUUCCCCAGGAUAGCAGCCUGGCCGAUAUCAGAGUUCUUCUUAAUCCGGGACACCAGCCUCAUCCCCAAUGUCUUGUGGUUUGAGUACACAGUGACCAGAGCAGAGGCCAGCGAAGGGAUUCCGCACUCACAGACGGGAAUUACAAAAGCAGAUCGGAGAGGAAAUCGGCUGUGCCGCGUGGGCUGGCGGCUGGCUCUGGAAGAGUGUCUGGUGCAUCGUGGCCUAAAUUAUAACAACAAGCUAAACCGAAACAGACAGCGCAAACUGGGUACGAAGCUGCAGUGAGGCGUGGGCCAGGGCGGGGAAGACCACAAGGAUGCAAACAGCACGAUUUCACGGAGAAGGACCAGCAGAGACCUGUACAGACCUGGGAACCGAGCAGAGCCUUUUCAGCCGGAUGGGCCCGAAGGCCCAGGCGGGGACCCUCACCCGGGAGCCCAGGGGCCCUGGCAUUGGCUCCCGCCGCAGCCAAGGCGGCGGGCCGGUACCUCCUGCUGCGUGUGCGACCACGCGGGUCGCCGAGCCGAGCCUCGGUCACCCCCCAGCCCCGCACCUCGGUGGGCCCAGCGGCCCGUUUUAGCUGGGGAAGGGGGGGCGGGGGACAGACAGACUUCUUUGACCUGACAACUUGGGGACGGAGCGGAAGCCAAACAGCGACAGAUACGUAUUUGUGUGAAAUCUAGGCAGCAUGAAAAUAUACACACUAUUUAUUAAUAUUAAUAUUAUUAUUAUUUUUAAAGUGGAACUCUUGCUGGGUGGGCGGCAGAGGGUCAGGUGCUUGGGUGGGAGGUCAGAAGAGGAAGUCAGGAGAGCUGUGAGGGAAAUCUCAGGACCAUUUGGGAGACGUCUAUUGUGUUUCAGCUGCACUUUGUAAGGAUUUAAAGAAACUUAUAAAAUAUUCUCUACUUCAAACACUACGGCGCGGCCUGCCCCUCUUCCUCCCUCCCUCCCUGUUCCAGACACGGAUCCAGAACUCGGGGGGGCAUUCAGGAAGGGGGCUGGGAGAAGAGGAAAAGCUUCGUAACUUUCUGCCCUGACUCCCUCCCUCCCCCUAGCCCUGCUGCAUAAACUACCUAGGUCCCCUCCCUCAGGACCCCAUUUCUAAAUCACACUUGCAAAAUGUUAUUCCUGUAAUGAAGGGGAUGGGAAGGCUGAGGCUUCCAGUUCCCCCUCCAUCCUCUUGAACCAAACUGGACUGGUUGAGUAUGACCCACGUUCAAAUCACUGAACUGUUUUGUUUUUGUGUUUUUGUUUUUUUUUUAAACAUACGUUUCCUGAGCUGCUGCUGAAGCACAACUUUGUGGUGCUUUUUUUUUUCUUAUUUUAUUUUUUAAUAGAGGCAGUAUCCAAAAGCCAUUCUGGAUGCCAGAAAAUCUGGCUCUCUUCAGGAGAGAGAGGUUGCUCCUACUUUUUCCUUUUCCCACCCUCCCACCCCCUUUUAUUUUUCUUUUCUGAGUUGAGCCAGGUGUGAGGUGGUUUUGAUUUAAAAGAAAAAAAAAACCAACAGAAAAAAAGCAAAAACCAAACUUGUUUACUAUUGUUUUAAAAUAAAACCU